AUGAACAGGCUUUUGUGGCUACUACCAGUGGUAUGUUUGGUACAGGCACAGAGUACCACUAAAGCAUCAGGAAAAUGCCGAGACAAAGUUGAAAACCUGAUAAAAGCACGGUCAGACUUCAAAAGUAAGUUAUUCCAACAAGUUUUAACAUUUUCAAAUUCAAAAAUAUUUUUUGAAUUUAAAAAAAAAUAAAAAAACUUUUCAACAUAACAUUGUUUAUCAAAUACUAUGACUAAUAUGAUCAAAAAUACGUUUCUACUUUUCAAAAACAAUAACUGUAGUGACCUUUACCAUGGGAAGACGAUGUAACACUAGUGAUGACAUUUACCUUCCGGUUGGUCUGAACAUACGACAGGGUAGUAAACAGAUCAAACCGGGAUUAUUAAACUUUCCCAAUGUGGGUGUAAUAAUGAAAAAGGAUCCUGUUUAUGAUUUGAAGCUCGCUUUUUCUUUCAAACUUCAAUUUAUAGUGAUAUUGCUCUAUGGUAAUAUUAAAGUGCUUAGACAUUACAAAACCUUAAUUUAAUCUUUAGAUAUUUAAGUUUUGCUAAUUCUAUGAAAUUCUUGACCAAAAUACUUGUAUUUAUGUUAUAACUUUCAGAACCAAAACCAGCAAUAAUCAAAUCCUUCAGUGGUACCAUCUACAACCAUGAUGGUACUCCUUCGUGUGCCUACGGCAAGCCUACAGUGCCUAUGCCAGGAUGGGUAACAUUAUUAGAAGGAGAAAUGCACGUCCCCAAGCACUAUGAUCUCUUGAAGACCGGUAUGAUGCGACUGACAGUGAGAGGAAACGGCUUCGACGACGCUUUAUGUUUGAAUGGAGAGAGCCAGUAUCUCGCUUUGCCUAGUAGCUUUUGGUAUGUUGCUACAAACUUUUACUUUUGGCGUAUUUUAAUCUUUUUGAGUAUGGAGAGAAUGCAUAUUAUGUAAAACCAUUCCUUCCAUAUAUGAUAAUUAUUAUACAAUUAUAUGUUAAUGUUGUUUUAGUAAGCUGAAACUAUGUGAUUUUAUUGGAGAAGACAUCUGUAAAGUGUUCGAAGAGCCAGGAGUACACACGAUCAAGGAGUUGGAGGAGAAGAUUGGCUUCAAUUCGACUUUGGAGCUGCCCGAACCUCCGUCGCUUCUGGGAAUCUCGUUGUUAGACGUCUUUUCGGUAAGUUCAACAACAUAAUUGACAACAAGUCACAGUAACCUUGCCAAACACAAAAUAAAAGUACAAUAUCUUGAAGCGGGUAAAUAGUUCUUCUCAAGAGUAGGUUCAUACAAAAAUCCACGUAAAUAUAUUUCUAACCUUAGAACUAAAAUAAUUUGGCCAUUCUGACGCAAUUCUAGAAUCAUCAUAAGGAAAUGAUUCUUUAAUCGGAAGUUAGCAGAAUUUCCUCGAAAGCUCUGACCAAAACAUUGAAAGCAAAGUUUUAAAAUUGUUAAUUUUAGAAAAGUUGUUAUCAGCCAGACAGGCUCAGCUUCCUUUUACGGUAGUUAACGCAUUAAGUCUUUAAUUAUUAACCUUGCUAUGCCAAAUGACAGUACGAAGCAGCUGGGUAUAAAGAACCAGGAACCUCAUUCAGCUUCAUCGGCAUUCUGUGCCAGAAUCAGGCGAUUUCGUUGCGAAAAAAUAUAUUAAUAUUUUUUUCAGAAAACGUAGACUAUAAGUUUCACAUUGUAACUAUUCACUUAUCUUUUGGGCAAAAACUUUUAAAUUUAUCAGUAAAAGUUAAAAAAAAGUACCUAAAAUAAUAUUUAGGGCGAGUUUGCGUUCGGAUUCCAAAUAGAAUCAGACGGCGAAGUUAUUCUGGACGUAAACAUCCCUACAAACAACAAAUGGCUCCAAAUUGGAGUGUCAGAAGGUACCAAAGAAGACGACGACGACUAA